AUGGCUCAAGAGUACAAGCUCAAGGGCGUCACCUCGCUGUCACUCAAGCCCGGUCAGAAGCAGGAGGUGGAAGUUGAGGGCAUUCAAGACGCCAAGGUCCUCCUUGUCGGCCUCCAGUCUGGGGGAAAGGCAGAGGUGCAGGCCAUUGGUGCCAAGUGUACCCAUUACGGCGCUCCGUUGGCCAAGGGCGUUUUGUCCACCACAGGACGCAUCACUUGCCCCUGGCAUGGAGCUUGUUUCAACGCAAAGACUGGCGACGUAGAAGACUCGCCUGCCCUGGAUGCUCUCCCCGUCUUUCCUCUCACCGAGCAUGAUGGAGGAUUCUACAUUACCGCUGAGGAAGCCGCCAUCAAAGGCUCCAGGAGGAAACCCAACUUCCAGUGCAGCGUCUCGAGUGGCUCUCAAGAGAGGGUCGUCGUUGUCGGUGGUGGCUCUGGCGCUCUCGGCGUUGUCGAGGGAUUGCGUGAAAAGGGCUACAGAGGCCAUCUCACCGUCAUCUCAAAGGAGGGCUACCUCCCCAUUGACAGGCCCAAGCUGAGCAAAGCUUUAAUCACAGACGCCUCCAAGCUGGCAUGGCGAGACAAGAGCUGGUUCGAUAGUGGCGCCGUUGAGUGGGUUGACGGCGAGGUCAACGAUGUCGACUUUUCUGGCAAGCAAGUCACAACCGCAAGCGGGAGCAAGAUUCCCUACAGCAAGCUGGUUCUCGCGACUGGAGCAACUCCCAGGCUCCUGCCCCUUCAAGGCUUCAAGGAGCUCGGCAACAUCUUUACACUGCGCACUGUUCACGAUGCCAAGAAGAUUGUCGAUGCCAUUGGAGAAAAGGGCAAGAAGAUUGUCAUCAUCGGCUCCUCCUUUAUUGGCAUGGAAAUUGCCAACGCCACUGGCGGCGACAACUCGGUGACCGUCGUGGGCAUGGAAAAGGUCCCCCUGGAGCGUGUUCUCGGCGAGCAAGUCGGCGCCGGCAUCCAGAAAGCCUUGGAGGGCAAAGGCAUCAAGUUUUACUUGAGCGCUGGCGUCGACAAGGCCGAGCCGUCCAGCUCAGAUUCCUCCAAGGUGGGUGCUGUCUAUCUCAAGGACGGUACCAAGCUCGAUGCGGAUCUCGUCAUCCUGGGAGUCGGCGUGGCCCCCGAGACGAGCUACCUCAAAAACAACAGCGCAGUCCAACUGCAAAAGGAUGGAUCCCUUCAGACCGACGCUCACUUUGCGGUUGCGGGACUCUCUGACGUCUACGCCAUCGGAGACAUUGCCUCGUACCCUUACCAAGGCCCUGGAGGCAAUGGGGCUCUCGUCCGAAUCGAGCACUGGAACGUUGCCCAGAACGCUGGUCGUGCCGUUGCCUCUCGCAUUGUGAACCCAGCGGCAGCCAGCGAGCCUUUUAUCCCAGUCUUUUGGUCGGCCCUCGGCGCCCAGCUGCGAUACAGCGGCAACACGAUUGCGUCUGGAUGGGACGACGUCAUCUUGGAUGGAGAUGCCGCCGCAGGAAAGUUUGUCGCCUACUACACAAAGGGCGAGACCGUCGUGGCGGUUGCGUCCCAGGGCCGCGACCCGACCGUGAUGCAGGUGUCUGAGUUGUUGAGGCUUGGAAAGGCGCCGACAAAGAGCCAGCUGCAAAACGGCGUGGAUGUUUUUAGCAUUGACGUGGUGGCCUAG